ACAAAAUCUUUCAACUGCAACAGCUCUAAACGAUUCUUAAAAUGCUACGCCUACUGAAUACUGUUGCGCUAAUUCUAAUUGUAUACGGCGUGGGAUUAACAACUUCCUUGCCGCAUCCGCCCACAACAACUGCACCACUAAUUGCCGCCAGACAGACUUACGACACAAAAUUUGAUAAUGUAAAUUUGGAUGAACUACUUGGACAGGAGCGUUUAUUAAAAAAUUACAUUAAAUGCUUAGAAAGUACUGGACCAUGCACACCUGAUGGCAAAAUGUUAAAGGGAUUUGCUAAUUUUAGAAACUCUCCCCGAGGCGAUGUCAACGAAUUGCGCCAAAUGCUCGGUGAAACAGAAGUACGGUUCCGACAAGGUAACACAUUUUUUGAUCGACAACCGUCCCGAAGAUUGGAAGCGUUUGGAGAAAAUCUACGAUCCGCAAGGAGCAUACCGCAAGCAGUAUUUAGCGCAGAAGGAAAAGAACAAUUCGAUGAGCGUAGAGGAGGCACAGGAGUCAACAACAUUUUUUGAAACGUGACAAUUAUUAUGACCCAUUCUAACUUAUGACGAAUUUGUAGCCAAGCUGUUAUAUAAUGUGCACACCUACAGAAUAAAGUUUACACUUGCAAGGAAAACGGUUAGA